CCACUCCUGGGUGGUAAACCUUGUCUCCUUUGAGACCAAGUUGUUAGAGGGUACUCCUUUGCUUCUCUGAGCCUCAGUUUCCUCAUUUGUGAAACCUGGGAGCCUAUCUUUGAGGCCUGGAAUGGGAAUGAGGCAUGCAGUAGUGAGGGGGUUUGGGGAGCCCUAGCUCUGCCCCAGAGAUGACUGUGGUUUAGCAGCCCCCUGCCCCAGCGCCAGCCCCAGCCCCGGCCCCAGCUAGGGAAGGGGCAGGCUUUGCAUCUGUACCACACCAGCCUGGGAGGAGCUGGGUCGGCCUAGUCUGGCCACCUCAGCCUUUUCUUUGUCUCAAGGGCCAAUUAGCUCCCUCAGCCGCACUCCCACCUCACCUCCCCAAGCCCCUGAAAGUGCAGGCCGUGUGGCGGCCUGAAGUGAGGGCCAGAACCAUGCUGAGCACCCCCCUCCGGCGGGGGGCAGGGAACAGCCGCUGUCUGGUGUGCCCUGGUGUAGGAUUUGGGGUCCACAGGCAUGGGGGUCCUUACCCAAGGGUUGUGGCCUGGGAAACCAUGGCUGCCCAAGGCCGGGGUGGGAAUGGGGCUGCCCUUCUCACUGAGUGGCCCUGAGCUAGCCUCCGCACAGCUCUAGACCCCACCUGGCAGCAGCCUGAGGAGCGGGCCGCUACCCUGAGACGUCCUCUUCCCAGCCUUCCCUGGGCUUCCUGCUUCUCCCAGGUGCCAGUGCCUUUUCCUGCAGGAGCUGGUGCAGACUAGGGCAGUAUGCAGAUGAGGAUGGAUGCAGGGAAACCCCAGAGGCCUCAGAGACCCCCGGGAACGGGGGGUGGGCAGCACCUCCUCCCCGGGGGCCCGCCCGGCUGCUUUGUAAUGGCCUCUCCAUGAACCGCUUCUGUGGACCACUAGCUCCCUAUAGCCUCUGCCAUCGAGCUGACAGACCCUUGGAGAACGUCCGCUACAUGCCGGGGCCUAGGCUAGGCUCCAAGGGGCCUGAGGAUGAAGCUGAGCCCGCCACAUUGGCCCCUGUCCUGCCUUUUUGUGCUGCUGCCUUGGCCUCUGGCCUCUCCACUGUCAACGACCCCGUGGCAGUGCCCACCUGGGAAGGAGCCCAACCUGGUGGGUUGCCACUUCGGGGGUCCCCCAUGUCCCCUGUCAGCCAUGCUCCUGGACACCUCUGGGUACUCGCAGCUGCUCUGGCCCUGGGCCUCUCUGCCUCCAUCUUUCCUCCAUGCCGCCAUCCUCUGUGGUGCUCAGAGCGGGGACGGCGGGCCCGACGUGGCGUGGAGGUAGCAGCAGGGGCCACCCGCGCUGGGGACACGCGGCAGCCUGGGAACGGCACACGGGCGGGCGGCCCCGAGGAGACGGCGGCCCAGUACGCGGUUAUUGCCAUCGUGCCUGUCUUCUGCCUCAUGGGGCUGCUGGGCAUCCUGGUGUGUAACCUGCUCAAGCGGAAGGGCUACCACUGCAUGGCCCACAAGGAGGUUGGGCCCGGCCCCGGAGGUGGAGGCAGCGGGAUCAACCCCGCCUACAGGGCUGAAGAUGCCAACGAGGACACCAUUGGGGUCCUGGUCCGCCUGAUCACAGAGAAGAAAGAGAAUGCGGCGGCCCUGGAGGAGCUGCUCAAGGAGUAUCACAGCAAACAGCUGGUGCAGACCAGCCACAGGCCUGUGCCCAGGCUGCCGCCGGGCCCCCCCAGCACACCACACAUCUGCCCGCAUCGCCACCACCUCCACACCGUGCAGGGCCUGGCCUCGCUCUCCGGCCCCUGCUGCUCCCGCUGUAGCCAGAAGAAGUGGCCCGAGGUGCUGCUGUCCCCUGAGGCCGCAGCUGCCGCUGCCCCCACUCCCCAAGUCCUGCCCAACCCGACCAGGGCUCCCAAGGCGGGGGCCAAGGCAGGACGCCAGGGCGAGAUCACCAUCUUGUCUGUGGGCAGGUUCCGAGUGGCCCGAAUUCCAGAGCAGCGGUCAAGUUCAGCAGCCUCUGAGGUGAAGACUAUCAUGGAGGCUGGGCCCUCGGGGGGUGACCUCCCUGAUUCACCACAACCUGGCCUCCCCACUGAGCAGCGGGCACUGCUGGCAAGUGGUGGAAGUCAUACUAAGGGGCUGAAGCCCCCAGCAGAGAACAAGUCUGAGGAGAACCGCUACGUGGUCCGGCUAAGUGAGAGCAACCUGGUUAUCUGAUGGUCUGCCUCAGCUGAGGACACUGCGGCCCUGUCCUGGGAGGUUCUGAAGGCUUCCUGGAGGAGGUAGAGCUGCAGCUGGGCCUAUAAGGAUCAAGAAGCAAUGGUCCAGCAGACAGAAGAGCAAAGGCCAAGGCCUGGAGGUGGGAGUGUCCGCCCCCGUGCAGAGACAGGUGCUGGCGGGUGCUGCGUGCAGGAGCAGGUUGAGAGCCCCUCCCCUGCCCCUGUGCCCUGCCCUGAUCCUAGGACCCUGCAGGAUCCUCUGUACCACCAGGUGGCUAGGCCUUGGCGGUGGGGAGGGGCCCUCUGCCUGGCACCCCUGGCCCCACACCUUGGUAAUCUACUGCCCCCGCCUCUGUACAGGGCCCUAGCGUGGACCUCUCCCUCCUCUUCCAGCGGCCCCAUGAAGGGAAGGGGCAACAAAAAGCCGUGGGCUGGAGACUGAGUUCCCUGGUUCUAACCGUGGGCAAGUCCCUGGCCAUCACCUGGUUACCAUCCUUCUGACCGUGAAGUGGGGAGAGAAAGGUGUCUCGGGGCCCAGGACUUCUCCGGUCCCUUGCAGGCUCUGGCCUGGGUCGUGUGCGGGGAGAGCUUGACUCCUUGCCACCCCUCCCAUUAGUAGCUUUAUCUAUGGCCCCAUUUUUGCGGCUUCCAGGGCCUGUGCCUUCAGGCCCCCAUGGGGCUGCCCAUCCCUGGCUCUGCCUACAGAAGGGGCUUAAUGCAUGUAUCUGCCCCCCUCCCUGCUAUUUUUAUUGAAAUUGGAACCACAGCCUUGACCUGGGUAGGGCUGUGAUACAGGGUGCCAGCCUGCAUAGCCACCCCAAAAUCUCAGGAGCAUUCAGGGAGAGGGGUGUGUGCGGGGCUGGAGAGGCACCUCUGGCCUCGGUGGUUUGUGUGUCCCUGUGGUGUUGGUGUCUGUCCCCCAGCUGGUCAGUGCGGGCGACUGCCCAGCCCAGCUCCUAUGUCCACUCGAGCCCAGUGACCUGGUUAUUUAUGUGGGGCCAUGCAGGCAUGGGCCCCACUGCCAUCCCCAUUUCUCUUAUUUAUUGAAAAUUUGCUGUUGUCCUGUCCUUGUCUACAUUCCCAUCCAUUUAUUGGAUAAUAAAAGGUGGGAAAAUGGUGUCAUCAGGAGCUUCUUUCCCUGUGCCUCUUCCCAGGUUGUCCGUCUGUUCACCAAAUACCUCUGUGUCAGGUACCGUGCGGGGGACAGGCCAUCCCUCCCCUUGCAGGGCUGGCUCUGUAGCGGGUGGACAUGGGGCAGCAGGUGAAGUGGGGAGGCCCCUCACCUCACUGGGUUCUCACUGAAGCCCCUAGAAGCAGUGCUGUCCAAUGGAAAUACAGUACAUACCAUGUAUGUAAUUUAAAAUUUCCUAAUAGCCACAUUUUACACAGUAUUAAAAAAAAUGAGUAUCAAUAACGUAUUAAGGCAGUGUUUCUAAAAUAUUUCCAUUUCAAUAUAAAGUCAGUAUAAACAUUAUGAAUGAGCCAUUAAUUUUUUUGCUUUGAAAUCUGGUAUUUUAUACUUAAAGCACAUCUUAACAUGCACUAGCAUAUUCAAGGCUCCGUAGCCACAUGUGGCUAGUGGCUCCUGUCUUGGACAGCACAGCUCUAGAGGACGUGGAGCCUGGAAGAUGGAUGGGGACCAGACGAGUGAGGACAGCGGCCCAGAUCUCCGCCUCUCUGCCUGCUCCUGGCCCUCAGUCCUACCACUGUGACCUGGAGCUGAGUCCCUGGGGAAAAUCCCUUUCCUGCCCUGGAGAAACUGCUGCUGACACAGCCCGACCAAGUCUGUGGCCAGAGGUGCCCUCCACUCCCACAUCUGAUAGAGCUUUCCACUGCGCAAGGGAGGGAGAAUGAGUUCCCUGGUAGGUGAGGACAGGAGGGGGAACUGGGGGGCACGCUGCAAAGGCACAGGGCACGGGUUGGCAGAAAGGGAGAGUUUAGGAGUCCUGAAUUGUAAUUACAGCUCUAGUGUGGGCCAGGUCAUUUUCUCUCCAGUUGAGGAGGUUGAACACUUAGAGGCUGGGAGAGCAUGGUGGCCACAAUGACCAGGGAAAGCAUGGGCCUGGACUAGGGCAGUUGUUUUGCGCAGAGGGGAGAGGAGGAAGAGAUUCAGGAUAGAAACUGACAGCAUGUGACUACUUGGAUGGAGACCACCUGGCUUCCCUUGACUGUCGUUCUGUGACUACAAAUCUGUAAGCUCUUCCCUUGGUUUCCCACCUGACAAAUUCACCCUUUAACUAAACACACACACUGCCUCCUCCAGGGUGGGCAGAAUGUGGGACUCGGUGCCUGGGCUGUGGAGCUAGACUAAGUGAGCUCCACCUCUGAACCUUGAGCUCCAAGCUCUGUGACCUUGGCCAAGGUACUUACUCUCUGGCUGCCCCCUCUCGACCGGCUCACCUCCCAUUGGGCUGUGAGGAUUAGGAGAGUUACCCAACAUAAAGCACAGUGCUGGCCCCAUGGUAGACCCUCGGCAGACGGCAGCCCUCAUCAUUCGUGGCCCCCGAGGGCUCCUGUAUCACCCACCUUAAUCCAGGUGCUGAUGGCCACUUCCCAGGCCCCUCAGCUGAAUCCCAGGGAAGCCCUGCUACGCCUGCGGGGAGAUGCACCACAGGCGCUACCUGACUGGUGAAAACAAGUUCAGAAUGAGCUUGGGAAGAAACCCAGGGGAUUCACUGGCCUAAGCGGUGGUCUGUGUCUCCCUGCCCCAAGAACCACCAGUCUGGUCACCCCGGACUUUUCCAAAAAAGUUUUUGGAAACUUUUUUUUUUAAUAGUUAUUGAAUGUUCUACAGCUUACAGUAAAUAUCAUAGUUACAAAUUCUUGGCUUCAAUCUUUCAGAGUGAUCACUAUCUGAUCUUCAAAAUAAAAUGAAAUAAAAACCCAAAAGAAUCCAAAACAACAAAACAAAACCAGAUUUACACUUCAUACACACAAGGCGAGGCCAUGGGACUUUCCAAUCUUUACACUCCAGGCUGUGUUUUGAAAACACUUCUAAGUUCUUUGAUCAAACUACUUGGAAGACACCGGUCAAAGGUUUAUUAUUAUUAUUUUAAAUGUUUUUCUUUUUUAAAAUGGGAGUUCCAAUAAAAUUUAAAAAUUAGAUUCCAACCUGUAGAUUAAAAUUAAUUAAAAAAUACAAAAUCAUGUACAAUGCUCUUACAGGGAUGUUACAUGCCACAAGAAGGUUCCUCUGUCAUGUGAUAUGAAAUAGGGAUGCAAUGCCUUUUAGUCAGGAGAUGGGGACAGACCCUUGGGCUUUUAAAGGUCAUUAUAGACAACUUCCAAGUUGCUAGAGGCCUGGCCUUACCUCCCCUUGGGUAAGGAGGAGCUGGAGUCUCCUCACAGAUCCACAUGAUCUGGCUGACCCGAGAAGGUGGUCUGUGGGCAUUCCUACUCUUUUCCUGACUCACAGGCAUGAGGAGGAAGGCUAGAGCCUGGAGCUGCUGGUCUUGCUGGGGUCUGGCCCAAAGAGGAUUUCACCCAUCUGACUCCUAUGGGCUGGUACUUCUCUGCAAAGCUGUUAACAUCUGUUCUCUUCAGGGAAGAGAGUACCCACUUUACUGGGAGCUGGGAUGGGUACAGGGCCCCACCACCGCAACAUGAAUGCCCAGGGGCUAUGGAUGCAGCUGCGGGAAACAAGAGCUCUAGUUUCCCUUUCUGGCUUUGUGGCAGCCAGUCCCAACCCCUGUGUUCCUCACUUGGCCACUGGGCUGGACUCAACAGCAUGCAAGGUAGAAAACCACCAUUGGAGAAACUGAGGGAAUGGGGCCCAAGUCUGGCUCAGGCAAGGUUGGCUAUGGAAUGUUGAAGCUGGCCUGCCAGGCAGGAAUUUUGAAGGCUGGGCCCUGGAACCAUGUAAUACGUAACUUCAGAAACAAGUUUUCUAGGUGAGGGGAACACAGGUAAAAGACUGUAGUCAACCUGGCAUGCCCACGCGAGCCUGAUCUCGGAGGCUCAGGUAUGGAAUUCGAUGGUUAGCCUGGCUGGGUUUCCUCUGCUGUGAUCCUGCUGUUGGGUGGGGCCUGGCUUCCCCUGGGGCUAUGCACCUGCUGGGAGCCCAUCUCCUACCUGCCCGCUCGGCUGCCUGACCUGCCCCUCUCUGAAGCUCGGCAAGCAGAUUGGGACCGCAUACUGUAGCGAUGUGGUAGAAUACAGGAUGGACAAGCAGAGCUUCCAUGUGUCUUCACUCAACUGCAACGGAGGAAUGCCAUGGUGACAUCUAAGUGAUUAAUCCAGCCAGAGUGCUAUAACUAAGACCACACAAAGACCAAGAACCAUGCCCUCCAGGCCUUCCUUCUCUGGCCAUGGAGCAGAGCCAAGAAUUCUGAUAUGCAGGGCUCCAGGCUUGGCGACCAAGGGGCCUGCCCUAUUUUUAUGCUCCACGUGAUUGAUUCAUUUCUGAAUGCCACUCAGAACAAAGCAAACCCUCCAAAGGAGCCCCCCUCGCUCUCUGGGAUAGUAAACCUCAAACUUGGAACAAUUUGGGUGGCCAGGGGUAAGAGCUGGGAUACAGCAAGAACUCUUUGGUCCUGGUUCUUAUCCAUGGGAAAAGCAAGCCCAGGCAUCGAAGUCAGAUGUGCUUUUGGCCAUUCAGGGCUACACCAGGUCCCCCGGGAGUGCCGACUCACUGGGUGCAGACAGUGGGCAGGCUUUCCAGGGCCAUGGGUCUUUCAAUGGACAGAUACCUGGGGCUGCCCUUGAAUGUGGCUUCAGUCCUAGGCAUCACGACCCCAAAGUGUUUUGUUCAAGUUAGGUCUUUUGUUGCCAAUUCUCAUCCUCCUGGUGCUGCCAGGGUCCCCAGGGCCCACCCAUUAUAAAAAUCUCAGCUGGGAGGACUGAGCUACCCAGUCUCUUGGGAGUCUUCCUCUGUUUGGGGCAGACAGAUAGCUCACCCCUUCUUCAUGCCUGCCACUGGAGACCCAGCAGGUGACAGAUGCCAACUGAAAGAGCAGAGGAUUUGAAGAGUUCACAUCUGGGCUCUUUCUCUUAACUGUAGGACUUUUGUCAAGUCUCUUAAGACUUUUUUUUUUUUUUUUUU